CCCAGCCAUACGUGCUACUUGGUAGCCGUGCAGCAGCCCCCAACGUCUUUCCUUCGCCCGUUGGUUUUAACUUUGCCGGGCCAAGACGUGAUCGCUUUCUGGGCAGCCUUGCACUCGCUGGUAUGUUGUUUGUUCUUUGAUUUGCCGCUCCUCAUGUUUGCCCCGCUGGACAACAAGCACCGCACCCGCCAUGCAUCCCUCUUCCGCCAACACGGCUUCCGAGACCCAAGCCAUGAUGCUGCACCACGGUCCCGGUCAGUCAUGCGCUUCCAUGGUUCCGUGAUUUCGUCCCUGCCUGUCGUCGCCUCGCCCAUGUGCACUGUCCUGUACAUGCUGCUGCUUGCACAGCCCCACUGCACACAUACUCUUACCCGCCAGUCCAGUCCGGUGCCACUUGUCCAUCCCGUCUCCCGCUUCCAACCUCGACGCGAUGCUGACUGCCUUCUUGUGCGCUGUAGAUUAUCAUCUUGGCCUAGGAUCGUUGUCGUUGGCCCACUUUCCUGCCCCCCUGUCCCACUUGAGACCGGUUGCGCGUCCUGCGUCACCUUCUCGAGAGGCGCUUCAAACAUCUAGCCCGUGCUAGACCGACCCCCCAAGUUCGACGCACCAAGUAUCCACACCCCGUGUGGCGGCAGGUCAAUCGCCAGCUUGAACUCUGUCUGUUUGUUCCGUUUUGUAUCCCAAGCCCUCCGUUCGUCUCCAUCUCCGUCCUUUGCGCCGCCUGCACCAUCCGCUCUUCCCUGCCUUCCAAUCCAUCCUCAACCCUCUGCCCGGCCCUGCUUCCGCGUUCCGAAUCUCUCCACCUCCAUCGGCCAUCGUUGCGACGUCAUCGUACCCCCGUGUCAACACCCAUUGGCGCGCGUGCAUCCCUUCCUAAUCUCGGUGCGGGUAUCCGCAGGAUGUCUGCGGAACACAGAGCAUGACUUCCAGUCCCGCACGCGGUACCGCCACCACUUCGUCCUUGCUAUCGACCAAAUCGCUACUAUCUCGACUCCGAGCACCUCUACAAUCCAAAUCGCGCAACUUUACCGACUUCUACAUACAGCCUGAUGAUCCCCACCGCCAGUAUGCCCCCGGCGACAUCAUCAGCGGCAGUGUCAUAGUCAAGGUCGUGAAGCCUUUGCGCAUCACUCAUCUGGUCAUAUCAUUGCACGGAUUCGCCCAAGUUUACAAGACCCCGAAUUCACCCGGCGACGCCUACAAAAGCUACACCGCCACCGUUGGGAAUGGCAAAGGAAAAAAGACUGGCGGCUAUUUUGGAAAUGGUUUCGUCUCUCUUUUUGAGGAUGAGGCGGUUCUUUGUGGUGAAGGCCGGUUGGGAGAGGGCGUAUAUCAUUUCAACUUCGAGCUCGAGUUCCCUGCAAAGGGCUUGCCUAGCAGCAUCGACUUCGAGCGCGGCACCAUCUCUUAUAUGCUGACAUCUACUUUGACGCGGCCAACAACCAUGUCACCCACCACGUCGGAUAACAAAAAAGUGCAUGUCGUAGAUGUCAUCGACAUUGCGCCCAUCCCAGAACCUAAACCCAGAAUCAUUUCACUCGAACCCAUUUCCCGAAGAACGCGGACGAAGCCCCCGCGAAAACGGCCCCAACAUCAAGAAGGAGGACAGCAAACAGAAAGCUCCGAAUCAAUCCGUCACGGGAAAAGUUCGGAACUGAACAGCGUCGCCGAGGAAGGCACAGUCCCGGAAAGUCCCGCACCCAGUGACGAUAGUUUCGAAAGCCGCAUGAGCAGUGGCAAUGCCUCGGGGACCGAGUAUGGUGUUCGCUCAAUUAAUACCACAUUGGAAACAUCGUCAACCAAGGACACUCGACCAGCAUCGAAAGGCAAGACCAUUACAGCCACCAUCGAACUAGGUAAAGGCGGGUUUCUGCGUGGUGAUCAGAUCCCGAUAAGGAUAGUAGUCGAUCAUACAAAGCACGUCAGAAGCUUGAAAGGAAUCAUCAUCACUCUGUAUAGGCAAGCAAGAGUCGAUAUGCAUCCCGCUUUGCCAGUAGCGCCGAAUUCGAAAGGCGAUAAAACAAAGUCUGAAGAUUACUAUCCAAAAUCGCGGACCGGGCUGGGAGGAUUGUCCCUUUCCUCUGCUGGAUCUAGCCAUCUGUUCCGCAAGGAUCUCUCUCAGUCCUUUGCUCCCCUCUUUGUUGAUCCUCGAACCCUCGCUGCGGAUGUGAAAUGUGCGGUACGGGUUCCCGACGAGGCAUUUCCUUCAAUAACCAAUGUUCCGGGAGCAAUGAUAAGCUUCAAAUACUUUGUUGAAGUUGUGGUUGAUAUCCAAGGCAAGUUGUCGGGUCUGGAUCGUAUGGUCCCUAGCGCAAAUACUGCCCUCGUCCCACUGGCUUCAACUAUGAACCAAGGGCGCCCUGAUGAUACCAACAUGUUUUCGACUUGGGGAGGGAAUUUCGCCGAUACAGAUGCUAUUAGGCGCGAGAAAGGAGUCAUCUCUUGUCUCUUUGAAAUCGUGAUCGGCACAAAGGACAGUGAACGCAACGGCAAGCGAAAAGAGCAACCGCCAGAACCCAUUCAAGACACCCGAUCAAAUGCCCACGAAUUUUCGCAGGACGAACAAAACGAGGCGUAUGGUCCUGGUGAUUACGGAGAUUACUAUGGCUAUGACCAACAUGGUCAAUAUUACGACGAGUACGGCUACGAUAAUGCCUACUGGAAUACACCGGAAUAUCAAACCGCAGCUGGCAACUACCCGCAACCGUCCUACAAUCAGCCGCCCCCACAUCUGGAAGUUGAAGAAGGUAUAUCCGAAAAAGAGAGAAUAAGGCGAGCGGAAACAAGACUACUACCGUCACAACCCCCGGUGGACGGUGACCCAUCUGCCUCUACUGCCAUGCAAAGCAUGCCACCUUCCGCGCCCGUGCUACCGGACGACGACCACCCUAGAAGGCACGAUGUCGUGGCUGCUGGGACGGGAGCCUCUUCUUCCACUGCAGCAUCGCAACCGUCCCUUCCUUCCUUCGCUGCAGCAUCUUCAUCUUCACGUCCCCCAACCGCAGUACAAGCUCCACACAAUGCUGCGAAUCACAAUAGCCGGACAAUACCACCCGCCAGCUCGUCGUCGGCGAUCCAAGCAAAUGAACAACAGCCACCGCCGUCUUUUGCCGACGACUCCAAUGCCACGAGAUCGCUUCCAGACUACUUCCCUUCAUCAUCCUCACGCGUCCAACCCACAGACGACAAGCAGGAGCUGCAGAGGAGACGCUUGGAAAUGGAGACCAGCGCUCCACCUACGGAUACGCACGAUCAUAGCGAGGAGCAGAAUGUCUCUCAAGGUGGUCCCUCAGCACCCCCGACAGAAGGCAUACUCAACCUUAUGUUGGAGCCAUCAGCGCCAGUGCUAGACGAAGACGACGAAGGGCUCGUUGAUGCGGUGCGACCGGGUCAGGAGCGACAGUCUGGCGCGAGUGGUGGUAGAGAGGCGUUGCCAGAAUAUCAUAGAUAA